CAGGUCACAUGAUACGGAUCACGUGCCGGUUCCUGGAGCUUUGCUUUUCUAGCCCGGGGGACCGGCCAGUGAGGUUCUUUUGGAAUCCGGAGCAAGGCGACAUGCAGACUCCGAAGCCAGAAGAGGCAAAAGAGAAGGAGGAGGAGGACCGUACUCCGCUUUUACUGUCCGACUCUCAACCCAGCUCCAAAGAGGUGCCCUUAUGGUGUUCUGCUCGCCUCAGUUUAGCAAUAUGGGCCUUCUUUGGAUUCUUCCUGUUGUAUGCACUUCGUGUGAAUUUAAGCGUUGCCUUAGUGGACAUGAUAGAACUAAAUACAAGCUUGAACCAGAAUAUCACCUCAAAUGUAUGCCCGGAGCAUUCUUCCACUCCAGUAGCUCCUCGUAACACUACGGGAAAAAGCUAUCCUUGGGAUGCUGAUAUGCAAGGCUGGAUCCUUGGGUCCUUUUUCUAUGGCUACAUCAUUACUCAGGUUCCUGGGGGAUAUCUGGCACGCCGAUUUGGGGCAAAGCUGCUGCUGGGAUUUGGCAUCUUGGGUACUGCUGUUUUCACCUUGUUCACACCAUUAGCAGCAGAUCUAGGAGCUGGGUUCCUCAUAGCAGUCAGAGUUUUAGAAGGUUUGGGUGAGGGUGUAACGUUCCCAGCCAUGCAUGCUAUGUGGUCUAAUUGGGCUCCUCCAUUAGAACGUAGUAAACUUCUUAGUAUUUCAUAUGCAGGUGCACAGCUAGGAACGGUUGUCUCACUUCCCUUGUCUGGUGUAAUAUGCUUUUAUGUAGAUUGGAGUUAUGUAUUCUACAUAUUUGGUACCUUAGGUGUUUUGUGGUUCCUCUUCUGGAUAUGUAUGGUUAGCAAUACACCUGAAACUCACAAGACAAUUUCCCUGGCUGAAAAAGAAUAUAUUUUGUCUUCUCUUUCACAACAGCUUUCUACCCAAAAAUCUGUGCCUUGGAAAGCCAUGUUGAAAUCUGUUCCGCUGUGGGCCAUUGUUGUUGCACACUUUUCUUAUAAUUGGACAUUCUACACUCUCCUUACCCUGCUGCCUACAUACAUGAAGGAGAUAUUGAGAUUUGAUGUCCAGGAGAAUGGAUUUUUAUCUGCACUUCCUUAUUUCGGCUGCUGGGUUUGUAUAAUUGUGUGUGGUCAGUUUGCAGACUAUUUACGGGAAAAGAAAAAUAUGUCAACAGUCUGUGUUCGCAAAACAUUUACAGCAAUAGGAAUGAUUGGACCUGCAGUAUUCCUCAUGGCGGCUGGAUUUAUAGGUUGCAAUUAUGAAGUGGCAGUUGUAUUUUUAACUAUAUCAACAACACUUGGAGGGUUCUCCACAUCAGGUUACAGUAUCAACCACUUGGAUAUUGCACCAUCCUAUGCUGGCAUCCUCCUUGGAAUCACAAAUACAUUUGGUACUAUUCCAGGAAUGGUGGGACCACUUGUUGCUAAAGCUCUGACUCACAGUAACACUAUAGAAGAAUGGCGGAACGUGUUUUAUAUUGCUUCUGCCCUUAACUUAUUUGGAGCUAUUUUCUUUGCAUUGUUCAGCAGUGGAGAAGUGCAAAACUGGGCACUAAAUGGUUACCAUAUACAUAGGAACUGAAGGAAUUCUGGAGAAAAUGACAAAGCAUUACAAUUACAUCACUCGGAAUGCCUUUUAUGGUUCCUUUCCUGGAAUUGUAAAAACAUUUUACAUUUUUAAUAUGUAAAGACAUUUUACAUUUUGAAUUAAACUGGGAUGUAAUCCAACAGAAUUAUAUUUCAUUUGGUAAAUAUAUAAAGAUGUGCCAUAUUUUAAUCUAUGUUAUCUACUUUUUAAAUAUUUAUUUAUAAAAUCAAUGGAAUAUGAGUGAUUGUUAAAAUGCCAGUAAGUUGUAAUGAAGGGAUAAUAUAUAAAAAGAAAUGCAGAGUGUUUGUAUUGUCUCAAGAAUUGUUACUAUUUUACUUGUAUUUUUCAUGUCAUAUUAAUUUAAACAAAUGGAAAUUAAAUGUUCGUUUAAAAUGUA